CGCUUCAUUUGAAGCGCUAGUUUGCAAGAUGGCUGACCAGAACGCGAAAGCAAAGGUUGAUCUGGGACUUCUCGAAGAAGAUGACGAGUUUGAGGAGUUUCCUACAGAAGAGUGGACGGCAAAAGCCGAAGAUUCCCAAGACGUGAAUGUCUGGGAAGACAACUGGGAUGAUGACAACAUUGAAGAUGACUUCAGUCAGCAACUCAGGGCGGAACUUGAGAAGCAGGGCUUCAAAGUUGACGGAACAGGAGAGCCCAUCAAAACAUGAAUGUGGGCCAUAUGAAGGUUAACUACACGUGUCAUCUGAAGAUGUCUUUUUUUUUUCCCUUUCUCCGCGCUGUGAUACAAUAAAAUUUUUCCUGAAA